AUGGCGCUACUGGCGCUGGCCACGGUGCUGGGCAACGCGCUGGUCGUGGUGGCCUUCGCUGUGGACCGCAGCCUGCGCUCCCGCAGCAACUUCUUCUUCCUCAACUUGGCCGUCGCGGACUUGCUGGUGGGCGGCUUCUGCAUCCCCCUCUACAUCCCCUACAUCCUGACCGGAGAGUGGAAGUUCGGGAAGGGACUGUGUAAACUGUGGCUGGUGACCGAUUACCUGGUGUGUACCGCCUCGGUAUUCAACAUCGUCCUCAUCAGCUACGACAGGUUCAUCUCUGUCACCAGGGCGGUGACUUACAGAGCUCAGAAGAGCAUGACCAGGAAUGCUAUCUUCAAGAUGGCACUGGUGUGGGUGGCAGCAUUCCUCCUCUAUGGGCCUGCCAUCAUCAGCUGGGAGUAUGUGGCCAAAAGAAGCAUCCUGCCCCGGGGGGAGUGCUAUGCUGAGUUCUUCUACAAUUGGUAUUUCCUCAUGACGGCCUCCAUCAUUGAAUUCUUCACACCCUUUGUCAGUGUCACUUACUUCAACUUGAGCAUCUAUAUCAACAUUCAGAAGCGCAACUCUCUGAGGAAUGACUACACUGUCCCCAGCCAAGAUGGCUUGGAGAUGAACUUCCAGGGAAGAAAAAAGAAACACAUCAUAUUUUUUGUUAAACCCGCUGAAAGGAGAAGCAAGAAAAGGAAAGACCAGGGCCUCUCUACCAAGCAAAACAGUCUUUCCUUGGAUGUGCCUGGGACUCAAGAUUUACCGCCUCUGCAGUUAGACCUCAGAACCAAAGCAGCACGGGGUCGGCAGAGCCACUACAGGCCCAGCGAAAGCAUCUGCAAUGCUGAAAGGCAGGCAGACCUUGCCAACACUGUGGCCAGUCGCCUCCGGCUUUCCCGGGAUAAGCGAUUGGCCAAGUCAUUGGCCAUCAUUGUGUGUGUAUUUGGCCUGUGCUGGGCUCCCUACACUUUGCUCAUGAUCAUCCGAGCAGCCUGUCAUGGGACGUGCAUCCAGCACUCCCUCUAUGAGACAUCCUUCUGGCUCCUCUGGCUGAAUUCCGCUAUCAACCCUAUUCUGUACCCACUGUGCCACGUGAGUUUCAGAAAAGCGUUCAUCAAACUGCUGUGCCCUGGAAAGGCCAAGGUCCACCCUCAUAUGUACAUGUGACAGAAAUAUCUCUUGUGCCAAAGCCAGGUUACCUAACCCCUACACUCCAGGAAGGAGAGGCAACCACAAACACUUUCCUAAGCCACUGCUAUCCACUCCACCUGGGUCUUUGCCACAAGGAAACAAGGAAUCCAUAUAACAAGUGAAACAAGUCCCUCCAAAUAUAAUAUUUUUAAAAUGUUGUUUAUGGAAUUGUCAUCAAGGGCUUUGUUUGGGGGGGCGGGUUUAGUUUUGCAGUCUCUAACCCAGGGCUUCAUGCAAGCCAGGUAAGGCUUUGUUAAUUCAAAAAUCGCUGUCCCAGAGUGGGAUUGUAGCUCAGUGGUAGAGCGCUUGCCUAGCAUGUAUGAGGCACUGAGUUUGAGCUUCAGUACCACAUAUAAAUAAAUAAGUAAAACAAAGGUUAAAAAAAAUUU